AUGAGCAAUCUAAAAGGAACAAGCAGGAUUAUGGUAGUUGCAAUACUCAUGGCAGCAUGUGUGUUUAUGAACAGCAGCAUAGCGGCUGGAAGAUUUAUUGGAUAUCCACCAAUACGUCGUGGUGAUAGUCCUCCUGGCUGUGAUCCUAAAUAUCCUGGCACAUGUAAACCACCACAACCGGUAAAUCCGUACAAACCAGGAUGUGGGGGAAGAUGUAGACGCCCGCCACUUCCUCGAACAAUCAAUAUCUAA